GAGCCUGGGCCGCCUUAGGGGCGCGGAGACUCGGCGGGGGAGGGACGCGGCAGCAGCAGGGCGGCCGGGCACGAGCCGCCCAGCCCUCUUCUUCCCGGCUGUCGUCGCCGCCACCGCCGCCGCCGGAGUCGCUGGGACCCUUUAGUCUGCGUAUGUUAGUUGUAAGCCCGCUUCCUCCCCGUCAGUCCUCCGGUCUACCCUCCCUUCUUCCUUUCACCGCCACUGCCAGCCCGAGUGUCGGGCCGGCGGGCAACUCCCACUCCCACCCCACCCCACCCACAAGCCCGCGGGCCGGGACCAUGGAGGACGUGAAGCUGGAGUUCCCCUCGCUCCCACAGUGCAAAGAAGACGCCGAGGAGUGGACCUACCCUAUGAGACGAGAGAUGCAGGAAAUUUUGCCUGGAUUGUUUUUAGGCCCAUAUUCUUCUGCCAUGAAAAGCAAGCUACCUAUACUACAGAAACAUGGAAUAACUCAUAUAAUAUGUAUAAGACAAAAUAUUGAAGCAAACUUUAUUAAACCCAACUUUCAACAAUUAUUUAGAUAUUUAGUCUUGGAUAUUGCAGAUAAUCCAGUUGAAAAUAUAAUACGUUUUUUCCCCAUGACUAAAGAAUUUAUUGACGGGAGCUUACAAAGUGGAGGAAAAGUUCUUGUCCAUGGGAAUGCAGGGAUCUCCAGGAGUGCUGCCUUUGUUAUUGCAUACAUUAUGGAAACAUUUGGAAUGAAGUACAGAGAUGCAUUUGCUUACGUUCAAGAAAGAAGAUUUUGUAUUAAUCCUAAUGCUGGAUUUGUCCAUCAGCUUCAGGAAUAUGAAGCCAUCUACCUAGCGAAAUUAACAAUACAGAUGAUGUCGCCACUUCAGAUAGAAAGGUCGUUAUCUGUUCAUUCUGGCACCACAGGCAGUUUGAAGAGAACACAUGAAGAAGAAGAUGAUUUUGGAAACAUGCAAGUGGCAACUGCACAGAAUGGCUGAUUCAAGAGCAACAGUAUAGAGGAUCUGAAUUUCCAUUUGGGAAGGAGAAAAUACUACAGACAGUAAUAAUGUAAAAUGGUAAAGACACAAGUAGUUUCUUUUCAAUUAUAUGUUGCUUCCAGACGUGUUUCUCUGCAACUUGUUCAGCAACAUUUUAAGAUGUCGGACUUCUGCAAUAGAUGGCACUGAUGGUUUUAUUCCUUUUUUUUUUUUAAUUCUUUACAGUUUUAUUAUAAACCAAGAAUUUUGGACUUGCAAAGAGGUAUUAUUGCAAUAAUGCACUUUUCAUACUUGAAAUUUAUUUGUAUGAUAUAAAGUUGUUACUUUAAACAAAAUGCAAGUUAGGGGAGACUUGUUUAUAAAAUCUGGGUAAUUUAUAACAAAAAAAUUUCCUAAAGUUUGCUAAAAAUUCAUUUUGUUUUACGUAUUACAUUUUAAAAAUAAUUUUACAGUUCAAUUUUAUGAUGGAGCCUCUUACAGAAACAUUAACAAAUGCAGGAAUCUGCCACAUUUCUUUUUAAUAUAAUUCAAUAGCUUAAUUAUCUUCUAGUUUUUUUAAACUUCUUGAUCCCAUCUUAAUAAUCUUUAAAUCAUGACAUUAGCCAUCUGUCCUUACUUUAACAUGAUCCAAGUAUUGCUUCUUUUCCUACUACCUUCCUAAUUUUAUCCUAUAGAAAACAAAGUUUAAUGAACAAAGGAAAAUGUUUCGCUUUAUAAUACCAGACGCUCAAAAACAAGGAGUUUUAAACUCAAGUGACUUUCCUUUAGCAUUCGUAAAAGCCAAAUGUUGUGUUUGUUCUUUUGAGUUGUGUAGCCUGUUUUUUCUUUGUCCAAAAUGGUUCUAAAUAGAAUAUAAUAAACCAGUGUAGCACUAUUUUUUUCCUAAACAAAGCCC